AUGGCGGUUCCUGCAUGGCCCGCCACGGAAGGCACCAUUGAAGGAUUCAGCGAGAUCUGGCUGUCGGUCUUCCUGUGGACGGUCGCUUCCACGGUGCUCGUCUAUGUCAUUGGCGGCUUUGUCGCCUUCUUCUCGUUCAACAAGCUCCGACUCGCGGGCUUCCUGCCAUUCCUCUUCCUCGUCAUGGGCCUGCUCGUCUCGGUCAUCAUUGGCGGCAUCUCGUCGGUCGCAGUCGCGGGCGUCUUUGUCUCGGGCGCCUUUCCAUUCCCAAUCCUGCAGUCCGUCUUCUACGGCCUCGGUCUCACCACCAUCUACCUGUUCUUUACCUUCACCAAGCUCUACGCCACGCUAUGA